ACAAGAGAUCCAGUAGUAGAGGAACUGGGUAGGAAGAGAAGGGUAAUCAAAAGCCAAACCCCAAAACGAAUUCCAACUAUAUCAUCAAAUCUGCCCUUUUUUCUUUUUUAAGUCAUUUGAUCAAUAGGUAGAUAGAAGCUUGUUUGUUAUUUGCAGUUGCAUCUGUUGGUGAAACAAUAGUCUGAAUUUAGAAUAACACCGGAUUGCUGUUUUAGAUCCCAAAAAUUGAAUUAGAUUCAUUGGAGUAGCGUUUGGGAGAGAGGAGCUGAACGGGAUACUUUUCGUAAGAAGGAAGAAAAAUGAAGAUGGAAAGGUUUCUUCUAUCGGCGGCCGCCGGAGGUGGGGAAUCUUUGUUAGGAAGCAUAAAGAUUGCGGUGCUGCCGAUAGCCAAAGUAUUCACAAUGUGUUUUCUGGGUUUUCUAAUGGCUUCCAAGUAUGUUAAUAUCUUGCCUGCUAGCGGCCGGAAGCUUUUGAACGGGUUGGUGUUUUCUCUUUUGCUUCCGUGUUUAAUCUUUUCUCAACUGGGACAAGCUAUUACUCUACAGAAAAUGCUUGAGUGGUGGUUCAUACCUGUGAAUGUCAUUCUCAGCGCCCUGGUUGGUUCGCUCAUAGGUUUGGUUGUAGUAACCUUGGUGAAACCUCCGUACCCAUACUUCAAGUUCUCAAUUGUACAAAUUGCAAUUGGGAACAUUGGGAAUGUACCACUUGUUCUGAUUGCAGCUUUAUGUAGAGAUGCAUCCAAUCCUUUUGGUGACUCGGACACGUGCAGCAGUCAGGGAACAACAUAUAUUUCAUUUGGACAGUGGGUUGGCGCAAUCAUUCUAUAUACGUAUGUAUUUCGUAUGUUCGCUCCUCCUGUUGAAGGAACCUUUGACCUUGAAGAAGCAAGUCUUCCCUGUAAGAUGCCUCAGAUGGAUGCCUCUUCUGAGUAUGCUCCAUUGCUUGAGCUAGAGGAUGUACCAACGGAUUCAGAUAAUCCAAAUACUAAGGGAAAGAUUAAAGAUUUUCUAGUAUUUAUUUAUGAGAAGUUAAAGCUCAAGCAAAUUCUUCAACCCCCUAUUAUUGCUUCAAUCCUAGCCAUGGUUCUUGGUGCAGUUCCAUUUCUAAAGAGAUUAAUAUUUACAAGUGAUGCUCCACUUUAUUUCUUCACCGACAGUUGCAUUAUUCUUGGGGAAGCCAUGAUUCCAUGCAUUUUGUUGGCAUUAGGAGGCAAUCUUGUUGAUGGACCUGGGCCGGGAAGUUCAAGAAUUGGUGUAAGAACACUUGCUGCUAUUAUUUUCGGGCGCCUAAUCUUGGUGCCUCCAGCAGGACUCGGGAUUGUAAUGCUGGCUGACAAGCUUGGUUUCCUUCCUGUUGGUGACAAGAUGUUUCGAUUUGUCCUACUCCUUCAGCACUCGAUGCCAACAUCUGUACUUUCUGGUGCUGUUGCUAAUUUAAGAGGCUGUGGAAAGGAGGCAGCUGCCGUGCUAUUUUGGGUUCAUAUUUUUGCAGUUUUCUCCAUGGCAGGAUGGAUCGUUCUCUAUCUGAACAUACUCUUCUAAAACUCUGCCAAGCCUCUAUUGCUUUAGUACCACUGGCAGUUAUUUUCAGAAUAUCAUCUAUUUCCAUUCAAGUUGGUGUUGAAAGGCGACGGAAGGUAACAGCUUACUUGAUCGUCGUGAAGGCUUCGCUGCAGUGAAGAAAAGGGAUUGCAUGGUUGUGGCUGUAUUUACAGAAGAGGCAAAAGGUGUACUUUUGCAAUUUUAUUUUUUGUGAAAAUGGAUUAUUUAAAGUUAUUAGGUAGAAGCAAAUAGAAAGUAGAGCAAAGAGCAUGAAGAGGCAUAAAGCAUUAUUCUUUGACAUAAUUGUUAGAGAUACUUGAAUCAGUAUUCCACAAUAUAAAACCUGAUCUCUUCUGAUACAAAUCAGAUUGUCACCAAGUUUCUUCCUUUGAUAAAAACAUUCUAGUAUGGAGUGAUUAAAAUCUUCAA